AUGGACUCUCGCUGGACUCUCACUGAAGAGUGGUUCAAGGAUCAGAGUAAAUUCACCCUUUGGCACCUACUAUCCGACAACGAUAAAUUCACAAAAGUCUACAUCACACCUACAGACGCAUACUCCGAGGAAUACACCAAAGCCUCCAUCAUAGGUCGCCGACAAUCAUCAGGUACAUCGCCAGAACAAGCAGACUUGGACGACGUCUUGAAGCCUUACAAGUGCCACGAGGGUAACUUCGCACCAGUCCAAACGUGCAAGAAAUUGCUCUGGGAAAUCCAGCCGUCUUUCAGACGGUUCUCGACAAACAAGAGGCCGUGGCGAUACUGCAACGAAGAAAAGGAAGGCAAGUGCUGCAUAGGCCAUCGCAUAGGUCCCCCGCAGAGGGCCAGACACGGCCCAUUCCCGUCGCUGUUUGAGGCCCUGACGAAGAUUAUCUACUUCUGCACGGCUUCGAGAAAAAUGGUCGGGGAGACUGCUGGUCAGUGUAGGGUGACGGUGGACGGAAUCGAUGGAACUGCCUGGGUUUCUAAUGGCUAUAUUCCUGAACCAUAG